UUUUUUUUUUUUUGUUACACCUCUGACAUGUAACUUCUAGUCUGAGUGAUUAUUGGCUUUUUUUCUUAAAUCCAUUGAGUCUCUUACACUCUCUAUGUACCUCUGAAGCCUAAGAGAUUUCGUCUGUGACUAUGGAAAAACUGAAGUAUAAAGCUGAGCAUGAUACAGAGAGCAGUUUCUUGAACCACAACAGUGAAAGAGAAUAGAUGAUCCUUUGUUAUUUUUGGUUUAUUUUUGUUUAAGAAUUGUUGUGUUAGGCACAGAAUUACCGUCAUCUCCUUCUUAUGUUGCAAUUUAGUCUUGAUAACUGCAGCUUCUCAGCAGCAUUCCAGCCCAGUGACUCAUAGCAGAUGUAAGCCUCAACUCUGCAGCAUUUAAUAGCAAAAACAAUCGCAGCUUGGGAAGGGCUCUGGAAUUAUUUGCAUCAGCUUAAGAAGAUUUAACAACUUUGAGUUCUGUCCAGGAGUUAAAGCUUCCAAAAUGAAGAUUUUGAUAAUGAUUGAUUUUGUCCUUGCAGCUAGCUUGAUGGAUGUCAUUGGCAGCUCUGAUUUACAGAAAUGUUUUCAAGAGCGGAUACGACUUCAGGGCCAGGUGAGGCUUCUGGAACACCGUGUGAAACAGCAGCAGUUAAAAAUUAUACAGCUAUUAGAGAAGAAAGAGAUUCAGUACAGUGACAGAGAAGAUGAAAACAGUGUCAUUGAUUUGGGAGGAAAAAGACAGUAUUCAGAUUGCGCAGAAAUCUACAAUGAAGGUCAUAAGCAAAAUGGAUUUUAUAAAAUAAAACCAAUCCAGAGUCCUAGAGAAUUCUUUGCGUUCUGUGACAUGUCUGAAGGAGGUGGCUGGACUGUGUUUCAGAGACGGUCUGAUGGCAGCCAGAAUUUUGAUAGACUCUGGGCUGACUAUGAAGAAGGCUUUGGAAAUUUUGUUUUGAAAAAUGGUGAAUUUUGGCUUGGAAACAAAAAUCUUCAUUAUUUGACUAAUCAAGGGAAUUAUACAUUAAGAAUUGAUCUAACUGAUUUUGAAGGAGAACGACGUUUUGCACAAUAUGCAAGAUUCAGAGUUGCAGGAGAAGAGCACUCUUAUGAGAUGAGUUGUGGUGAAUACUCUGGGACAGCUGGUGAUUCCCUUACUGGUGGAUUUCAUCCUGAAGUAAAAUGGUGGGCUGAUCAUCGAGGAAUGAAAUUCAGUACUAGAGACAGGGAUAAUGACAACUAUGAAGGGAACUGUGCUGAAGAGGAAAAGGCUGGCUGGUGGUUUAACAGGUGUCACUCUGCCAACCUGAAUGGUUUGUACUACAGAGGUCCCUACACUGCCAAGACAGACAACGGGAUUGUUUGGUACACCUGGCAUGGGUGGUGGUAUUCCCUAAAAUCUGUUGUCAUGAAGGUCAGACCUGCAGACUUUGAAUGUAAUAUUGUUUAGAUAUUCUAUUAAUAUAUUCACCCAAUUAAUCUCUUAGGAAAUUCAUUCCAAAUUAAAACGGGCAGAUUUUUACUUCUCAAUCUAUGCAUAUAAAAAUUUGGAAUAAUUCCUCUGCAACCAGUAGUUUUAUGAGAUGCAAGUGAAAAGAUAAGCUAGCCUAUGAACAUUUAGAUACAAAUAUUAAUGCUAAUGGAUCCAGGUAUUUUUUUAAAAAGGCAAGUGUUCACCUAAGAAUAAGGACAUCUUCAUUAAGACAGCAAAUUUUUGGUUUCCAGUAACUCCAAAUCCUUGCACACUUAAAACCAAUAGUAUUGUUACUCUGCUGUCUCAAACACGAAAAUUAAUUGUACUUACACAAUUAAAAAACCAUACUCAAAUAGAAGCAUAAUGUUUACUCAGUGGAUGGAACAUAUCUGCUUUGGAAAGGUUCAAGACUUUAGAAAUUAGUUUCCUGUAAAUCCCUCUGAUGUAAUGGUUGGAUGUGUUGUGUACAUAGUACACAUAAAAGGUUUAAAGAAUGAGGCAGGGAACUGAAGAAAGAGAAGGGGUGCUACCAGGGUACAAUCAAUUGAAUCCAGCAUAGAGAAGUGAAUUGUCUGUUGUUUGCUGAGGCUGGUCACAACAUUUCAAUAAUUUUCAAAUGUUUCAAAAUGUUUUUAGAUGGUAAGUAAUUAUGCUUUUCUCCUUCUUCGUAACAGUAAUGCUUUUGCUUUUGCUUUUUCGAAUUUAUAACUCUCUAAUUGUGAAUUUCCUGUUCAGUCACUUCCUCUCCUCUCCCUGUAUAGUUGUCUAAGCUCUCUGGGCUUUUCUCCAUCUCAAAUUGCGUAUCCAUAUUUUUCUUGUACAAGAAUAAUGGUAAGAGAGACUUUGCCUACCCCUAGAUUUUGUGCCUGGCACUACAAUAGACUCUAAUAGCCAGGAAUAACAAGAGUUGCUGAUUAGUGCUUGCUGCCAUGGAGAAGAUAGGAAUACUCUCUAGAAAACUAUCCAAUGAAAUGUAGUCCAUUUCUGCUGGGCAGAUGCAAAUGAAGACCUCAAAGAAAAUAUGAACCUAAGCUUGCUUUCCUAAAAUAAUUUUGCUUUUGUGGUUGAACUGCCACUCUCUCUCCCCCUGUUCAAAUAGUUUUGAAUGUGGCAGCCACUUUCAAUCAUGCUUAAAAUAAUUGAAACUAAAUUUUGGUAAAGGUCAGUUUAUAACUACAUUGCUAUGAAUACAGGACAGCUGAAUUGUAAUUAUCUGCAUGGCAAUUUUUCCUUCCAUUUUCAUCCUCCUGAAACAAAAGUUUGUAAAGAAUCCUUGAGAGAAUUGCAUGGAAUAAGGGAGGGAGGAUGUUUGUAACAACUAAGGGGAAGAAAGAGAGUUCUUAUGAAACAAACUCAAUAAGAUAAAUCAUGCUAUACCUAAGCAAAAAAACCCAAAACAAAUAAACCAAAAGUGUGGAGCAAAAAACAGGGUUCAGGCACUUAAACUCAUGUUAUAAUGUAAAAAAUGUGCCAAUGAAAAUCUGCAGUAGAGGUUUUAAGUUCCCUUUUUUUUUGUGGUAAUAGCAGAUAUUCUAGAUAAUCCAGUCUUUUUCUUGAUGUAUCAACUGAUACUGUGCUGGAGAUGUCUAGCCUUUAGCACAUCCCUGUCCCCAUGCAUGAGAGGACCAAUGAACAGUUAUUCAACUGCUUCUUUUGAACUUUGUUUAAUUAGUUACACCAAAUUACAUUCAGUGUCUGAGAGGAAGGCCCAUCAUUUGUGUGUGUAAGAGGGGCAAGGGGGAGGGAGGGAAGUAAAGAGAGAGAGAGAGGGAGAGAUAGUAAGAGAAAUUCAAGAAUAAAACAGAAAAUCUGAUAAAGAAUUUUUAUUCAAUUUUAUUACAUAACUUAAAUUGGGUUCCUAUGUAACUAUGCAUAUGUCUGUAGGUAUGGGUUAUUAAUAAUGUGAUGGAAGUUUUGGAGUAAUUGAAAAAUUUAUAAAUACAGUAUUUCCCAUAAUGAUUUUCAAAUUAUUUUUCCACUUUAAGAGGAGAAAGUUUUAAUUAUUUGGAAACAACCAAAAAAACCAAAACAACCCAGAAUGCCAUUAUGUAGAAAUUAUAAAAACAUCUUUAGUUUUUACCAGGAAAAUGGAAAGAUUAACUCAUGAAUUUGGAGAGUAUCAAGGCAGAUCAUAUUACACCAAAAUAAAAGACAAGGAGGAUUUAUGCAUAGGAAAGUUGGAUUUUUAAUACAUUAAAAAAAAUACUUUCAAAAUGCACAGAUAGUGCUCAUAAAAUCUGUGAUAACUUUUUUAUACUGCAGCAUAAAUCCAUCCUCUUUAUUUAUAAGAACCCAAAUGAAAUCUUUUGGCUGAAUUAGGGUGCUUUUGACAUAUUCUAAUACAAAAUUUGACUCCUUUUCUAUACUGUAAAUCUUAAAAUGAAGGCUCAAAUCUGUCUUUGUACAUUUUCUAAUGCACUUAUAUGUUUAUUUGAAAGCUCUUCAGAACAAGGAAGCAUCUAGCAUAUUGUCAGCAAUAUGCAAAUAUUGUAUUUAAUUUCCACCACUUUUCCACGGCCUUUCUUUGUGCAAUAAAUCUUUCUGGCCACAUGAAAAGCAUGUGAAAGUGUUGUAAUUCAAAUGCUCAUAUAAUUGUUCUUAAAUAAACAUCCAUUUAUUUUCAAAAGGGAAGUGUUUUAAUAGCUACCAGGCAAGACACAAGGUUGGAAGAGAAUUCUUUCCUUUGUCAGGCUUGCCUGUUCAUAUGAAUUUAUGUCCUCAACAGGUACAAACAUGUUCUAAAUAGUCUUUUUUAUUACAAGAUAGCAGAGCACAGGUCAGAUUAUUUGUUCUGUUGUUAGACAGAACAUUGUUCCCAAACAGCUGAAAAUGAAUACACACUAUUUCAUAGAAAUCACAGAACUCAAAAGAAGAAGAAUAAGAAUUGAGGAAAUAAUAAUAAAAAUGUUUUGUCAGUCAUGUUAAUAAAGAACAUAAGGUAUCUAGAGCAAUGUGGAAUCAAAAAUAUAUCUUUUUGUAGUAUCUGUUCAAGGGAAACACUCUUGUAUUUUAUUUCUGUGUCUGUGUUCUUGAAUUUGCUCAACAUAUUGGAGAGUAAAAGAAUGGAAACCACAAUCCCAGAUGAAUUAAAUGAGCAGUAACAGA